GAAAAAGAGAUAAAGGAUAGGAAUAAAGAGACUUAUAAGGAAAACAAAUAAAUAAUAUUAUUGCGCAUUAACCUGGACUGCUAUGCUCGUUUUAUUAAACGUAAUUUUAGUCUAUCAUGUUUGAGAGUGAGACAGAAAUUCCAGAAGGGGAAGGAUUCUCUCAUCACCGGGCACUGGCAUCCACAGAAGACCUUUCGCCACAAGUCAGAGGUAGUCAAAACUCCUCAAGCCCCAGCGACUCACCCGCCCAAGUUGAACGAUGUUUGAGCCCUAGUCUCAUUUCCGUGGGUUCUUGUGUCUGUCGGAUCUGUCAUCGUCCAAGCGGAAUUACCGAGAAACUCGUAUCACCUUGUAGAUGCAAAGGAACACUGGCGUAUGUUCAUCUUUCAUGUUUGGAACGGUGGUUAAACCAGUCUUGUCGUAACCACUGUGAGUUGUGUCGUUACCGUUUCAAUGCCGUAGAGACUCCUCGUUAUCACUGGAAGGAUUCAUUAAGAAUCUGGAUGAGGCAUCCACGGAAUCUACAUCACUUAAAGUCUGACUUGGCGGUAGUUAUACUACUUACAAUAGUGACUACGGGUUUGGUGGUAGUUUGUUUAUUGGGCAUGAGAUAUUUUAUUAUCGAGGGAAGAAAAAUCGGUAUAUCAAGACUGUGGACACGUGGCGCCAUUGUUUUUUUUAUUGCCGUUGUCAUUCUUGGAUACUGUACUACCGUUUAUCUUCUUGUCAAGGACCAGCUUGCACCUUGGCACAGAUGGUGGAAGAACACAGUGGACAUAAGAUUGGUGAUAGAACCGCAGCAACAACAGCAACAGCAGCAGCAUCAGCAUCAACGAACAAGUCAAGAGUCGGAGGUUGUAGGUCAACUGGGCGAAGAAACUGCUGAUAGAACUAGCGCUCCCACCCUCGAAGAAUCUACGAUUGCGAUCGAUGGAAUUCAAGUCGUUGAUGUUAAAGCUGAGAAAGCACCGGAAUUCAAAGUCCCCGUGUCGAGCUUUUAAUCAGUGAUGUUAUUACCAAUAAGUCUUUAGGAUAAAAAGGAGUUAAGGCGACAGUUGUACAAGUUAUUGGCAUACCCAACCAAUGCCGUUGUAUUCCAAUUUUCCAGAUGGUCGAGCUACAGGAAUAAAAUAUUGCACUGACGAAACGGGUUGAAAUGAUAUACAGUCAAAAUUCAGAAAGAAUCGACGUACCGUUUCUAUUUUUUUGUUUUUUAAUCUAGUUCCGAUGGAGAAAAAUACCACACCAGCUUUAUUUUUAUAGAAAUUUUGUCCGUGAUAACAACUUUUUACAGAAACUCUUUUUCGAAUAAUAAAUAACUUUCAACGAAGUUAUUGUUUGCGAGUUUUAGGGUGGAAUAUUUACAUAAGUGAAAUUUUUAUUAAAUGUUCAAAUCUGAAAACCAAAAUUGAUGGAAGGAUUUGUUAA